CAAACGGUGUCUUUAAAAUGACGUUAGAAUGUCAAGCUUAUGAUAAUUUAUAGGAAUUUACACUUAUGUAUAGGAGAAAUAUAUUGGUGCGUUUUGUAGCUAAUCUGGCCAAAAAGUUCAGGGCUUGGCAGGAGGUGUGGAUAUUGCCGUGGUGGGGUAGUGGGGGGCUCGCUUCGGCACCUUUGUGGGCGCUGGACACUCUUGUUUUAUUGGUUAAGCUGUUUUCGAGUUGUACUGUGGCCGCUUUCAGAGUGCUAGUACCGCCGGCUUUGAGUAACUUACACGGAGAGACUGUACUCAUUACAGGAGCCGGCCACGGCAUCGGUCGAGAGCUCGCAAUACAAUUGGCUGAGCUCGGAGCGACUGUUAUCUGCUGGGACAAAGACCAGAGACGCAACAACGCCGUCGUGAAUGAGAUAAGAAAGAAAGAUGGAGAAUGCUAUGGAUUCACAAUAGACGUAACGGCUCAAGAUCAAGUUGCUUCCCUGGCGUCACGUAUGAGGCGACAACUGAGCGAUGUCACUAUGGUGAUAAGUAAUGCAGGGCUCCUAACGUGUGCUCCGAUCACACACUUAAGACCCGAAGGCGUGAUGAAAAUCAUCGAAGUCAAUUUGCUGGCUCAUUUCUGGGUUAUUCAAGCUUUUCUGCCGAGUAUGGUCGACAGGCGAUAUGGACAUAUCGUAGCCAUUAACUCGAGCGCUGGUUUAAUGCCGUGCGCUGAUAUGAUACCGUAUUGUGCUGCGAAAUUCGGUUUAAGAGGUCUAAUGGAUUCCAUCACCGAAGAACUUCGCCUGGACACUUGGACUAAGAACAUAAAAACCACAUCGGUGUAUUUAGCUACGGUGUCCACUGGACUGUAUCCACCACCUUCGCAUCGAUUCGUCUCUUGGUAUUCAGAGAUAACGGCGAAAGAAGCUGCCAGUGUUAUUAUUGAAGGUAUUCGAAAGAAUCAGAAGUGCAUCAGCGUACCACCCUUAAUGAAAACCAUGAUAGACAUACACAACCUUAUGCCGUACAGGCUAAGGAUAGUUUUUGCGGAUUUUUUCAAUUUUGGACAUAGAGGGUGGUUUUGUUUUUGCUAAGUCUUAUGACUUGACAAUGAAGAUCAGGUUUAACUUGACGUUACUGAAGGUAACGGGUAACAGCGGCUUGAGAUCAGCAAGGCGACCGGUCAAGCUAACUAAGUGAAUCUUGCAAUAUUUUUUGCACGAUAUACAGUGGAACUGUCCAGACGUGCAGACCUGUUCAAGCAAUUGAACAGUCCACAACCUACUGAUUCGGUGUGCUUGAGAUUAGUUAUGCAAAAAUGCCAUAUUUAAUAACAAAGCACUAGAAUUCGGUGUAUCUAAACUUUGUAGAAAAUUAAUAAAAACAGAAAAGUGAUGACUAAAGAAGAUUAAAGGAACACAAACCAGAGAAUUAUUAAUCAUUUUCUGUGUGUUUGUUUGUUCGCGUGGAUCCAAGCUCCAAUUCCUUCGUUAUUUAGAGCAACAUUUAGGAUCUGUUUUCAUAAAUGAUUCAUUAAAUCGGAUGUCGUUGCAACAUGCAUGGUUUUAUCAUUUAGAAUUCUUUGGAAUUUACUUUUAUUCUGUUAAAUGUUGAAAGCUAUAGGUAUAGCAAAUGAUAUUAUUAACACGAAAGUAACUAAUUUUUGAUACGUUUUCAUGCAAACACCACUAAACCGAAAAACCCAGGUUAUUUUUCGUCCCACUCAUUAGCACGUCGUCGUGUCUCAGCCAGCUUCUUUUUUCUACCUAUGCUGAUAGCCUUGAGAGGCUGUUUCAGCUUCACCCUAACGUGUGUAGGUGAGCUCACGGGGCUCAAACCGAAGUGUUGCUAACACUGACCCUAGCAAGAGCAGUGCUUCGCAGAAUCUACCGCCGGAUCGGAAACGCGACCCGCUGAGAAGAUCCGGCGAGAAACUCAGUGGGCUGACUCAGCCAGCGCACUCGUGACGGUGGUAUUGUGGUUCCGUCGUUUUUCCAUUGCCGUUCAUUACCUACGUAAUGACGUUUGAAGGGGAUUAUGAACGCUCACAGUCCUGUCAGCAAUGUAUAACAUUGUUAAAAGAAAGUAAUCUAAAACAAUUUCGGCCAAGUAUAGUCAAUCAUAAAAAAGACUAAUAACAUUAAAUCUCUUACACAUCUAAAUGAUUUUGUUACGUCGUUAAUGUUUUUUAAUGUGUUUUUAGCUUUAACUAUGUAGAUUGUCAGUCAAUCAAUUUGUAAAGUACGUAUAAUUUAGAUAAUGAAUUUAUUCAAUAAACACUUUAUUUAAUUAACA